ACCGAACUUGGGACGCAUGGUCGACGGACGAUUCAUUCAGCCCUACAUACAUCAAAACAAACACCCACCUACCUACCGUUGACAUUGAUUGAUCUCGAGCAUUUUUUUUUGGCCCUUUCCAGCUACAUUCACUCCUUUUCUUAUCGACAAGAACAACGCGGUUUAACCCACAAUAUUUAGAAAUGCCAGCCCAAACUCUCUCCAAUGACCAACUCAAGCAACUUAAAGAUGUUUUUGACCUGAUCGACAAGGAUGGAACCGGUGCCAUCUCAGCCUCCGAAUUCGCCGAGGCCAUGGAGUCCCUCGGUUUGAGCUCCUCGGCCGCCGAGGCGCAGGAAAUUAUCAGCGAGAUAGACCAGAACAAGGACGGCCAGAUCGACUUUCACGAGUUUCUUCGGGUCAUGUCGCAUCCCGAGACACACGAUGCCCUGAGCCCCAACGAGAGGAGUAAGGACUCCAAAAAGGACGAGCGUGAGCUGCUCGCUGCCUUCAAGGUCUUUGAUUCGGACGGCAGCGGGUCCAUCUCCCCCGAGGAGCUGCGCCAUGCCCUGCGGCCCCUAGGUUAUACCCCGGCUGAGAUCGACGAAAUGAUUGCCCAUGCCGACCUGGAUGGGAACGGGUCGAUCGACUACCAAGAAUUUGUGGAGCUCAUGUCGCAGAAGCAUUAGAUAUCUAGAUAUCUGGUUAGAAUACCCCCGGAAAGAAAGCACAAAGUUGUCUUGGUUUUUCUUCUUCUGCAUUUGGUUUCUGCUUUGUUAUUUGAGAUGUGGGAAAUGAAGCUUGCACUUAGCAGUGGCAUUUGUUGCAUAGCUGGCACAAAUGUUCUUUCUUUUGAUUUUACAAAGCCAUCUCAUCUCUUGUCUUCUGUAUGGACCUACCUCCAUACGGGCUCGCUACUCUUAACAAUCCGGUGUAGAUCGACUGGACUAACCUCGAAACACACCACAUACCUGGCUGUAAUUACGCGCUCACUGACACCCUAGUCCAAAUCAGCAUGCUAUAAAGCAUGCACAGAUAAGGAUAGGACAAAGAGGUUUUGUUGACUUUUCCAGUUACAUGAGUCUGAAGGGAUACAACCUCAGCCAAAGGCUCCAGCUCA